AUGUAUACACAACCAAACGAUGUCAUCUUGUUGAUCGUUGGAAUAGUAUUGCUAGCGGUUACCGUUUUCAUACAGUGUGCAAGUGGAAAACGUACAAAGAGGAUAAAAAAUUUGUCAAAUACCAAAUCAAACGUAACGCAAAGUUCCAUAUCCUCAAGUCAAUCUCUGGAAAAAAUCAGCAAACUGCCAAAAAACAAGUUGGAGGCAAGCGUCGAGAAAUCAUCGUCAUUCCUAUCCAAGGAAAAAGAAUCAGUAAAUCAAAAAAAAUCAGUUAGCAGCCAAAGUGAUCAGAAAAGCUUUCAAUCGAGAAAAUCAGAUCAAUCAAAUGAGAAGGAAUGGGAAAAAGGAAAGAAUGAUGAUAAUACAUUUGCUAAGAUACCUGAAAAGUCAUCGCUCAUUGUAAUACCCAUGAUAACUGCUGAGAAAUCGAAAAAUACAGAAGGUGCUAAACUUGCAGAUGGAAAAUCGAUAUCUAAUGAGGAAACUGAAGGAGCAAUGUUCAAAGAAAAAGAGCAAAAUACUCAGGAAAAUAUUGGCUUAAUGGAUGAAAAAGAGGAACAACAGCUGACACUUGAACCCAAAAACCUUCGAUGGAAUGGUGAGGGAGGUUAUCAGACAGUACAGCUGCGAAACAUAACAGAAGACCGUUUGGCCGUUAAAGCUAAAUGUUCCGAUAACCAUUUGUACCGGGUGAAUCCUGUAUUUGGCUUCAUUGAUCCAGGCCAAGAAUUAAAGGUGGAUAUUAUACGGCGGAAAGCUGUACCAAAAGUGGAUAAGAUGAUUUUCGUCAGUGUUCGCGCUAAUAAGGAUGACAUUUUUCCCAAGCCAUUAUUCAAACGUUCAAAGGAUAGUCAAAAGAUGGCCAUGUUACCAUUGCUUAUCACUCGGGUUAUCUGA